UCCCUGCACCCUGUUCUUCUGUAACUUAGACUCCAGUGUGCCGCGCAGUGUGCGCAAAUUCAUAAACCCUCCUUCAGCUUUGGGGUUUCUGAAUUCGGAGACUUGAAACUGUGCGGGAAGACCCCCUUAACUCUCAGAGGAGGAUGACAGCCCAGAGAGAGGUAACCUCUGUUUACAUGGAACUCAGAAAUCUCCUGCAGAUCAUGCCGCAGCUGCCGUAGGGAGCUCCUGAAGAGUAAAGCUCGGCCAAAGCGGUGAAUUCGAGCCCAGGAUGGUGAUGGCGAUGGUUUGGGCCCCCGCACUGCCUGGACUGCAUUCCUCUCUUCAGGCUCCUCUCCACCCCGCUCCUGGGCUACGACCCACCUCGAACCGUCUCUCCCAAGCCCAGGCCGCACUGGAGGUCUGAGGCUGCCAACGCCGCGGGGGGAACCUAGUGUGGGCGGAACUCGAGUGCAGCGGCGGGAGGCUUCCGGGGGAGCCGCAAGGGCAACGGGUCGGCGGAGGCAGAAAAGCGUCGGACGCCGGGCCGAUCAUGGACGCUUGACAACCUGCGGACAGGCGCCGGGAGGCCGAGCCAGCGACCGAGAGGACGGAGAGACGGCGAGGGCAGAUUUCAAGGCCAGAGAAUGGCAGGUGAACAGAAACCCUCAAGUAACCUCCUGGAACAGUUUAUUUUACUAGCCAAAGGUACCAGUGGCUCAGCCCUUACUGCUCUCAUAAGCCAGGUGUUGGAGGCUCCUGGAGUAUAUGUCUUUGGAGAACUGCUGGAGCUGGCCAACGUGCAGGAGCUUGCAGAAGGAGCUAAUGCUGCAUAUUUGCAGUUGCUGAAUCUGUUUGCCUAUGGAACAUACCCAGAUUACAUAGCCAACAAGGAGAGCCUGCCAGAACUGAGCACAGCUCAACAGAACAAGCUGAAACACCUUACCAUCGUGAGCUUGGCGUCGAGAAUGAAGUGUAUCCCCUACUCCGUGCUGCUGAGGGACUUGGAGAUGCGGAAUCUCCGGGAACUGGAAGACCUCAUCAUUGAGGCUGUGUACACUGACAUCAUCCAGGGGAAGCUGGACCAGCGAAACCAGCUGCUGGAAGUGGAUUUCUGCAUUGGCCGUGACAUCCGAAAGAAGGAUAUCAAUAAUAUUGUCAAGACCUUGCAUGAAUGGUGCGAUGGCUGCGAAGCGGUUCUGCUAGGCAUCGAGCAGCAAGUUCUGCGAGCCAACCAGUACAAGGAGAACCACAGCCGAACUCAGCAGCAGGUAGAGGCGGAGGUUACCAACAUUAAGAAGACACUCAAAGCCACCGCGGCCUCCUCGGCUCAGGAGAUGGAGCAACAGUUGGCGGAACGGGAGUGUCCCCCUCACGCUGAGCAGAGGCAGCCCACCAAGAAGAUGUCCAAAGUGAAAGGUCUGGUCUCCAGCCGCCACUAGGGCUGGCUGGGGCAGCUGGUACUCACCAGGCCUGGGUCAGGUGGGGAGGGGACACCAAGGGCCUAUUUCCUCCCCUCUCUAUCUUCCGUGAGUUCCAGACCUGCCCGUCCCCUCACCAGCGCCUCCCACUCUGUUGGUACUGUUCCAGAAGAACCGUUAAUCCUUUCCUCCCCCACUCCGUCCUCCCCCAGUUGUUCCUUCAGACUCAGGGGCUCCACUGAUGCCAUCCCAACAGGGUCAGACACUGCCCAGCUUCCCUCCAGGAGCUUCUUGUCUUUGUUUAAGGGCUUGUCUCCCUCCCAGUUUUUCUUUUGCUCCGUGUCAUUUUUGUCAGGCUGGUCGUAAGCCGGAGGCAGCUUUAGCCGGCGCACAGGGAUGGCUGCGAAGGAGGCUGCUCUCUGAGUGAGGAGGAGGGUAUGCCUUCUCCAGCCCCAUGUACCACAGUACCCGCACUGGUGCAGGUGAUCUCUAGCCAGGUAUCAAAUGCUUUGUUUUCCCUCUCCUGCCUUACCCCUUGUUGGCAGCUCCGAUCAGGCCACGGAGGGAUGUGAUGCUGGGCUAUGUUUACUAAACCUGCGGGUUUUCAGCCUCUUAAGCCCAGCUCCAAUCUCUCAUUAGUCAGGAGCACUGGGUUGACUAACCUCUCGUAUCUGAGCACCCGUGGAGGGUGCUGCGGGUCUGCUGGGUGGCAGAAGUUUCUUCUGGUUUGGUGUUCUUUGCUGGCCAUGCUUCCUGCCCUGCUGCCCCCCGACUCCUCAGCCUGGUUUUCAGUGUGAAGGCCCCAGCUGCCGCCCGGAACUGUCUGCCGACACUUGCUGUCCUGAGACCCUUUAUCCCUCCCGGCGGUGUCCGAGCUGGGGACGGUCGUGCUGAGGGCCCUCUGUCUGCUGAAGGACCUGCUGCUGCUUCUGUCUCUCUCUUUCCACCCCUCCUUGGCUGAUGACCCAGAGCCCUCUGAUGAUGGCAUUCUCCUGGCAAGAGAAAAGGACUUGACUAGCCUUUCUGAACUUGAACAGUUUCAGGUUAUAUUUUAGUUUUUUUUUUUUUUGUACAGGUUCUGAUUCUAAUACAUUUCAACAUGCUUUUUUUCCCCCUUGUGUCAAUAUUUGUUAAACUAAUCGCCGGUGAUUUUUCACCUGGUUGGAGGGUGGUGUGUGUGUUUGUGUGUGUGUGUGUGUGUGUGUGUGUGUGUGUGUGUGUUUUUUAAGGGGAGGUGGAGGUCCUGAACUGAUAAUUAAAGUUCAAUGAGAGAAAAAGCACAUUUAAAACAAAAAAUAAAAGUGUAGAUUUAAUGUAUGUGACUGUGGAGUGCAGGGUUGUGUAGCUGGUGGAUCUGGAGGGUCUGGGAUUAGGGUGGUUCAGGGAGAAUGUGACACUCUUUCUGUUCCAUGGAUAAAAAAUGGGUUUCUCCUUUUUCCAAACUGUCCAGCAGGUGUUGACUGUGGAUUGAAUGUCAACAAAGUAUUGUUUCCCUUUUUACCCGGUCCGUGUGCCCAUAUAACCUUACGCUCAACUAGAGAGUUUAACUCCCAAAUUAUGUUUCAUGAAACCCCUUGACAGAUGCUCUGUGGAAAAGGGGUUCUGUUGUUAAAUAAAUUUCACACAUCCUA